GACUCACGCGCCUCUCUUCGCCGGCUUCCGGGACGCGGCUGCACGCGGCGCAGGCGCGAGACUAGUGCUCCGCGGCGUCUCUGCCGGGGCGUUGGGCGGCUACACGGCGGAGGGAGGCGCGGCGUCCAGGUGAACCGAUCAAGAUGGAGCGGCGAGGCCGAAUGGCGAAGACGCCCUCCAGCCAAACGCACCAAUCCCCGGUGUCGACUAAGAGAGAAAGGAGGCCUAGCAUGUUCGAGAAGGAGUCAUAUGCACAGAUCUUAAGAGAAAGACUGAGAGAGUCUUUUCAUGAUGUUCAGUAUGUGGAACCUCCAUUUGAUGACUCAAUUGCUGAUAUAGGCAAAGAAUGGAAAAGUGCCCUGGCAAAAUUAAAGUUUGCUAAUUCGUAUAGAAUGGAACCAUUGAAGAAAUUCCAAGCACAUUCGGUAGAAACUAAAAUCCAGCAGAUAUUAAAGGACAGUCUUAAAGAUGUCAAAUAUGAUGAUAAAGCCUUCUCUCAUUUGUCACUUGAAUUGGCAGAUCGAAUAUUGGCAGCAGUCAAAGAAUUUGCAUUCCAUCGUUAUAAAUUCAUUAUAAAAGUAUUAUUUAUUCAAAAAACUGGUCAAGCAAUAAAUAUUGCCAGCAGAUGGAUCUGGGAUGUGGCAUGGGACAGCUGGGUAGAAGCUAAACAUGAAACAGAGUCUUACUUGGCAUUGGUUUUGGUGUUUGCUCUCUAUUGUGAAUAGCUCAGGAGCAGCAGUUUCAUACCCUCCACCCUUCAAAAUAAAUGAUAUAUACAGA